UUAACUGACCUCAAAAGGCCGUAAGCCAUUGGACGUAUAUCAACUUUUAUUACCACGAGCCAUGCAUGAGGACUGAUUUUAAGAUAAAGAAACUACAUAUAACUUGUUAUGAUAAGUUCCUGACGAUGAAAAAAGAAAAAAAAAAGAUAAGUUCCUGACAUUGAUAAGCUUACAUACAUUGCUGGUCAACUUAUGGGUGGAGUUAACAUUUUCUUUGUCCAAAUCUUUUAUAGUUUUUCACUCAUUUGUUUAUGUUUGCAUUAGUUUAUGUAUUGGUUCACCUAUAUAUAGGUAUUGUUACUAAGAAUCCUAGUCUAGCCUUUCGCUGGUCACAUUGUAGAAAACAUGUAAUUGUAUAAUAAAUAUAUAUACUUGAUUUAUAAUAAUCACAUCAAAAAAGAUCAAACAAAUUAUAUAUUUUCCUCAUUCUUGGGAUCUCGAUGGUGUCUCCAAAUAUCCAAUGCUUUAUUAGGCGAGAAGACAUAGUACAAUGGUAGAUUCUUCAAUAACAUAUAUAUACACCUAACAAAAUCUAGAAACGCAAUAACGUCUUUAUACAUACUCGGCAAUGUAAUAAUAAUUAAGACUUGUGAGUAACUUUGGACUCGAAUUUGAUUGAUUCUAUUAUAUACAUAUACUGCACUACAUACACAGAGAAUAAAACCUUAUAAUAAUAAUUGUCUUUUGGGGCCAAUUGGGUCCAGAGAAAAGACUUGGUCGUCUACUUCUUUAUCCCCAUUCUCUACUUCAAAACAUUUCAUUUCUCAUGUUUCUAUAUAUUUUCUUCUCUACUUUUUAUUAGUAUUCCCGCUUGCCUACUAUCCCUAAAUCAUUAGAAUCUCUACUUACUUUUUUAAAAUCUCUAUUCCCCUGUCAAAUAUAUUUUGUUUUCUUAAUUAUUUCUCUUUGAUAUUGGCAUGGCUGGUCUCGAUCUAGGCUCAACCUCUCGUUACGUCCACAACGUCGGCCAAUUCUCCACCGACAACCACCACGAAGAUGAUGGUGGCGCUGGAGGAAACCACCAUCAUCAAGGUUUAGAUUUAAUAGUAUCUAAUGACAACUCUGGACUAGGCGGUGGCGGAGGAGGAGGAAGCGGGGACCUCGUUAUGCGGCGGCCACGUGGCCGUCCAGCUGGAUCAAAGAAUAAACCGAAACCUCCUACGAUCGUUACGCGCGAGAGCGCUAACACUCUUAGGGCUCACAUUCUCGAAGUGGGAAGUGGCUUCGACGUUUUCGAGUGCAUCUCUACUUACGCGCGGCGGAGACAGCGAGGGAUCUGUGUUAUGUCCGGAACCGGAACCGUCACUAACGUCAGCAUCCGUCAGCCGACAGCGGUCGGAGCUGUUUUGACUUUGAGAGGCACUUUUGAGAUUCUUUCCCUCUCUGGAUCUUUCCUUCCACCGCCUGCUCCUCCAGGAGCGACUAGCUUGACGAUAUUCCUCGCCGGAGCUCAGGGACAGGUCGUUGGAGGUAACGUUGUUGGAGAAUUGAUGGCGGCGGGGCCGGUGAUGGUCAUGGCGGCAUCUUUCACGAACGUGGCUUAUGAAAGGUUGCCUUUAGACGAGCAUGAAGAGCAGUUACUGGUCCAAAGCGGCGGCGGAGGCGGAGGAAAUAUUUACUCGGAAGCCACAGGUGGUGGCGGUGGCUUGCCGUUCUUCAGUUUACCGAUGAGUUUGCCUCAUAUGGGAGGUGAACAUUGGCCCGGAAAUUCUGCCGGCACCGGUAGGGCUCCGUUUUAGCUUCUGUUUUUAAAAAACUUCACUUUUUUUCCCCUCUUUUAUUUUCACGGAAUUUAUGGAAUUGUGGUUGUUUUUCUUACAUAUCAAUUGUUCAUGUAUUGAUCCUUCAGUACAUUUUUUUUUUAGUUUUUACUUAGGUUGCCGAUUUGUUUUUUGUUUAAGUUUCUAAAUUAAUUAUUUUCGACUUAAUGAGCAGCAUAUAUAUAUAAUUGUUAUUUAUUUUUUCAGUUACCUUUUACUCAUGCAUAUAUAAAUGCUUCGAGUUCCCUGGUUUUAUUAGAUACUAUAUUAAAAUUUCACAUAAUUUAUUUUGUGACAUACUUACAUUCAACGGCAUUAACGGUUGAAACUUUUAUAUCCAAUAACAACUUACACUAACAUUUUAUUGUUAUUUAUGUGACCUAACUAUAUCAUACACACUUUUUCUUGUUGAUUAUAAUUUCUUAAUGUUUAUUAUCACAGUUUUAUAGCGAAAAUCACGAACACAGGAAGAGACAUAAAAUAUAGUAUAUUUUAUCAAAAAUAUAUAAAGGAUACAUUAACCCUUAAAAUUAAUCUAAAUAGCUUUAUUGUAACCCUCAAAGGCUCAACCCCAUCAGUGUUGCUAUCUUGGGAAACGGCAAACAUAUUGUAGCAAUAUAUAUCACUGAAUCUAUAUAUUCCAAUGUUUUACAUGUGUUUUACCGAACAAAAAUGGUUCAAAGAUAUAAGUAUAAUGCAAAAUCAAUAGGAAAAAAAUUCACACUCAUUGAGCUCGCUAGGGUUUUUCCAAACACACAUGACUGAAUAAAAUUUCCACCUUUUCAAAGUUUGAGGUCACCACCAUGUGAAUAAAAAAGUACUAAAUGACAAGAAAUGCUAAACGACAAAGAAGAUUAAAGUAAUACUAGUAAAACACUACAAAGAAAAGUGCAAGUGGAGUGCUAAUUAAGAAAUUAAAUUAUUAAUCUGACCAUUCCAUUCCAAUCAUAUCUUUAAUUGCCCAACCCAUUUGAUGCUAGCUAAGCUGUCACACGCAAUUAUCUAAAGCAAAGUAGCCGGAAAUGUUCAUCACAAAACAUUUAGUACUGAUUUACAAUCAUUACAUUAUUUAUCUCAAAUAUAAUAUUGCUUAUAGCUUGGAAUAAACAAAACAUUUCUAAAAUACUGUUUCAUCGA